ACCCUGAUAAUUUGGCGUAAUCUAAUUGGUAAAUUUUUUAUUAUAAAAAUUUCUCCCCCUUUUUUUUACUUCGAUCUUUUUUUUUUUUCCUAAUUCAAAAGUAUAAACCCAAGUUCCGUUUUAUAGGUAAAGCAAUUUAAUUUUUAGCUUGUAAUCGUCUUCAAUUAUUUUGUUACAAUGACGAAUAAAUUGUUGGCACCAGUCUGAAAAUGACUUGAUGGAUAAAAACCCAGAAUGUUCUCUAUAAUAAUAUACGCAUUUGGAACAUUCCCGAGUUAACAAAAGAAAAAACAAGGCGAUAUAUCAAUUUUAAGAGUAAUUUGCAAAUAUAUUAAUGCACAAUUCUUUAAUUAUAAUUCCAUUAUUAGUUAAUUAAUUAUCAUAUUUGAAACAAUGAGCGAUUCAGAUCCAAUAAUAAAGUUAUCGGAAUCCAAUAUACUCGCUAUAUUUUUAGUCUUUAUUGUGUUAUUUCGACUUAUCGGCAUAUAUUUUCAAAACCGUUCUUUAUCAAUUGGAUUGAACAUCUCAAAAAAUGUUACACUUAUUGUAUUGGGUGACAUUGGACGUUCCCCAAGAAUGCGGUAUCACGCUUUGAGUUUUGCUCAAAAUGGUUGGACGGUUGAUUUCAUAGGUUAUGAUGGCACAACACCUUCUCAAAUUAUUGAUAACCCGAAAAUUAAAAUUCAUUAUAUAUCACAUCCGUGGCGUCUUCCGGAAAAUGUGCCAAAGAUGUUAUUUCUUUUAUUUGCUCCGAUAAAAGUUUACUCCCAAAUUUUGAUUUUAUAUUGGACUCUUCUCUUUAGAAUAAAUCGACCUGAUUUCGUUCUUGUUCAGAAUCCUCCAGCGAUACCUACAUUGAUGAUCGUACAAUUCGUAUGUUGGUUACGUUCAACAAAUUUAAUUAUAGAUUGGCACAAUUUUGGAUAUACUAUUCUAGGUUUAAGAUUAGGUCACGAUAGUCGUAUUGUAAAAAUUGCAAAGUGGUAUGAAAAGCUUUAUGGAGGUCGAGCUCAUGCUCACUUAACUGUCAGUUCUGCUAUGCAUCGUGAGUUGAUGUAUAAAUGGGAUGUCAAAGGUAAAAUCGUUACUUUAUAUGAUAAACCUCCGGCUCAUUUUAGAAGAUUAACUAUUGAUGAAAUACAUGAGUUUUUAUUAAGAAUUAAUUUAGAAGAAAUAAUAUUAAAACAAUCAAUUGGUUCUGAAUUUUUACCACCAUCAUCUACUAAUUCAACUUUAUUAACAACAAAAUCUUUGGCCGAUAAUACUGUAAAAUAUCGACAUGAUCGACCAAUAUUAAUCAUCAGCAGUACAAGUUGGACUGCCGAUGAAGAUUUUUCAAUAUUACUUAAAGCAGCACAAAGGUGUGAUGAAGUAGAGGAUGAAACUUUUCCAAAAUUACUUUUUGUAAUUACAGGAAAGGGUCCUUUAAAAGAAAAGUAUGAAAAGGAAAUUAGUAAAAUGUCGAUGCGACGUGUGAGAAUUAUUACGAUGUGGCUAUCAGCAGAGGAUUACCCGUUAUUAUUAGGUUCGGCUGAUUUAGGAGUUUGUCUUCACACAUCUUCAUCGGGCAUGGAUCUUCCCAUGAAGGUUGUUGACAUGUUUGGAUGUGGAUUACCCGUAUGUGCAGUUGGAUUUGAUUGUCUUAACGAGCUGGUUCGACAUAAUAAGAAUGGAUUGAUAUUUAACAAUGAAGAACAGCUUGCUGAACAAUUAAUUGAUUUGUUUACUAAUUAUCCAGCAAAUGCAUCAAAACUUGAAAGUAUGAGAGAAAAUGUGUCUGAAUUUCAAAAAGAUCGAUGGGACACAAAUUGGGAUCGAAAAAUUUUGCCUUUAUUAGAAUCCUAAAAAAAAAAAAAAAAAUAUUUUACACUGUAAAUUUAAUAAAUUUUUAAUUUAACGGUUAUAUGUACUAUAUUAUUUGGG